AUGCGAAAUGUGGAGAAUGCAUUUAACUUCGCGAUGAGUUCCUUAAACUUGGAACAAAUCGACUGUUUGGCAAUGGAAAAUAUAACGCUUGAUGGCGUUUUGGACCUCGAAGAUGAGUUCUACAAAAAGGGCUUCAAAGAUGGACAAGACCAGUUCGCACGGGAACAGUAUUUGGAGGGAAGAGCAUACGGACUUCAAACCGGAUUUCAGAGAUUUCUUAUAGUAGGCUACAUCCAGGGUCUAAUAGAUGAAUGGACAAUGUUGGACAAAAAAAAUCUCGCGUCUCAUUUGUCACAAUUACAAGAGUUGAUUGAUAGUAUACCCAAGACUAAUGGAGACGCUGAAGUCGAGCAGUAUGAACAUGCAAUUACUAAAGCUCGCAACAAGGUGCGAGUUGUGGCUAACAUUACUCGAACUAGCGACAAAAUCGCAAAGUUGGACGAUUUGAUAAAAGAGGUUGGGGGAAGCCUUCAUGUAUCGGAAAAUUUGGACGAGAUGUGGUGA